CUAGGAAAGAAAGUCUGAAUUCCUAAAUUUUUUUAUUUUUUAUUUGACCAUUGCAAACUCUUGUUUUGUUGUGUGCUCUAUAUAAGAGGGAAGGGAUGACUAAGAGUCUGCACCAGAGCACUCCAAGAAAACCUUUCCUUGUUUAAUUUUUCUUUUCCAAUUUUUAUUUUAAACCUUAGUUUGAGUGAAACAAAACAACACAAGCCAUAUUCAUAGUGAUGGUACAUAAUAAUUCAUCCUCUGUUUCUGGAAAUCAGGAUUUGAUGAGGAUUCGAGUACGCAGAGGCAUCAAUCUUGCUGUUCGCGAUAUAUUUACCAGCGAUCCUUAUGUUGUCAUCACCAUGGGAGGACAGACAGUAAAGACUAGGGUUGUACACAACAAUUGUAAUCCUGAGUGGAAUGAAGAGCUAACUCUUUCAAUGAAGAAUCCAGUUGUUCCCAUGAUCCUAAGUGUGUAUGAUGAAGAUACUUUCACUAGAGACGAUAAAAUGGGCGAUGCAGAGAUAGACAUUCAGCCAUAUGUAGAGUGUAUUAAAGUUGGUAAAACAGUUCAGCCAAACAAGAAAAAUUGCUUAGCCAAAGAGAGUAGCAUUGUCUGUAACAAAGGUAAAAUUUACCAAGACAUGCGUCUUAAAUUGAGGAACGUAGAACGUGGGGAAGUAGAAGUCCAGCUUGAGUGGGUUGAUCGUAAAGUUUCCCAGGGUUGAGGUAUAUGCUCUGUAUGUGCUUGCAAUAUGUGAUACAUAGGUUGGUAUUAGACUAAAUAUAUGUGUAAUCUUAUAUAUGUUUGUAGUACUUUUUCUUACUAUGAAUGCACUAAUCCAAUGUAUCAGUCUGUUUGUGAGAACAAAACUGACUUUGGAGUCAUAUUUUAUGA